UCAAUCAAACCAUCUCUUCAAUCAAAUAUCUUCUUCAAUCAAACCUUCAAAGAUGCCUUCAAUGCCAGAAGAGCCACUUCUAACACCAAGCCCAGACAGAUUCUGUAUGUUCCCAAUUCACUACCCACAGAUUUGGGAAAUGUACAAAAAAGCCGAAGCAUCUUUCUGGACCGCUGAAGAAGUAGAUCUAUCACAGGACAACCGCGACUGGGAAAACAAUCUCAACGACGGUGAACGUCACUUCAUCAAACACGUCCUCGCUUUCUUCGCCGCAUCUGACGGAAUCGUACUAGAGAAUCUCGCUUCUCGAUUCAUGUCUGAUGUUCAAGUCUCGGAGGCGCGUGCUUUCUACGGUUUCCAGAUCGCGAUUGAAAACAUCCAUUCGGAGAUGUAUAGUCUCCUUCUCGAUACUUAUAUCAAAGAUAACAAAGAGAGAGAUCAUCUCUUUCGCGCCAUCGAAACGAUUCCUUGCGUCGCGAAGAAAGCUCAGUGGGCUAUGAAAUGGAUCGACGGAUCUCAAACUUUCGCUGAACGAAUCAUCGCUUUUGCUUGCGUCGAAGGUAUCUUCUUCUCCGGAAGCUUUUGUUCAAUCUUCUGGCUAAAGAAACGAGGACUCAUGCCUGGACUAACAUUUUCCAACGAAUUGAUCUCUCGUGACGAAGGCUUACACUGUGAUUUCGCUUGCCUUCUCUACACACUUCUCAAAACGAAGCUAAGCGAAGAACGCGUGAAGUCAAUCGUCUGCGACGCGGUCGAAAUCGAGAGAGAGUUUGUGUGCGACGCGCUUCCGUGCGCGUUGGUUGGGAUGAACCGUGAUUUGAUGAGUCAGUAUAUUGAGUUUGUUGCGGAUAGGCUUUUGGGUGCGCUUGGGUACGGGAAGGUGUACGGUGUUACUAAUCCGUUUGAUUGGAUGGAACUUAUCUCGCUUCAAGGGAAAACUAACUUUUUUGAGAAACGUGUUGGUGAUUAUCAAAAGGCUUCUGUUAUGUCUAGCGUUAAUGCAAUGGCGUUGUCGCUGCAAAGCUCUGGGAUGUUGACGAAAGAGCAAAUGGUUUAUCUAUUUGAUCGAUUCGAUUACUUGACUUCACAAUCUGAUGUGAAGAAACGAAUCUCCGACGCUGUGGAAGAUAAACAGGAAGCUGUAGCGGUAACGACCGCUAUUCAAGAGGAGAUAUUCUUGGAGAUGGGAAUUGACCCGGGAUUUGGUAUUGGCUGCUUGGGAAAGCUGAACUCUGCAUAUGAAAACGAUAAAGAGUUGAUGAUUGGUUUCUACAAGUUUCUCGCAAAGGAGGAGAUGGCAUGUGAAGAAGCUGAGCUUGGAUUUGAUGGAUUUGAACAGAAAAUGAAAGCACAACAACAAUUACAAGAACAGCAACUAGAGAUGCUUAAGUAUAUGCGUAAAUUCUCUCUGGAUGAUCAGUCUGCUAUCCUUCAAAAGCUUCAGAAGCAAUUAGAAAAUGCGGGUUUUGAGCCGGAGGCGUCGCUGUUGUCAGGAGAGGAAAUGGAGGAAGCUGGAAGAAGAAGAGUUUCGCCUGUUUUUGGAAGCAGAUAGCUUCUCGGUGUUCGAAAGCUACUUCGAUUUCUAAUACUCAAGUCUCUCUCUCUCUCUCACUCUAUCUCUUGUCAUCUCCAUAUUGUACUAAACUCUUUAAACGUAA